CGGCCGCUUUGCGUCUAUGGUUGGCCGGCUGCCUGCCGCCUUCCUUUCGCCUUCUCUCCUUUCGCCUCGCCCCUCCUCGCAGCGGAGGAAGCGGCCGAGAAGCAGCAGGAAGGCGGCCACAGAAGGAUGCGCUAGCAGCGGCGCCGCAUCCCCAGCUCGCCGCGCAACCCCAGAGACAGCUCGCCGGAGGGAAGGGGCGCGGCGGGAAGGCGGGUGAGUGGAAGCAAGUCCGGGGCAGCGGGGGACAUAUCGGGGGCUGCAGGAUGGACGGGGCGGCCAAAGGGUCCGGCGGGUGCUGCUGGCGUUGGGCGCCCGCUCCUCCUUGGAGCCGGAGGCGUUUAAUCGCCGCGCCUCAGCCCAGCGGAAGGACAUAAUUCUCCGAAGGUCCCCGAGAGGCGGGAAAGCCCACGCCGCCGCCGGGUCCCCUGGCUUGGCGGUGGCGAGGGGGCGCGAGGGGAAACGGACCCCGCGGUCCCGGGUCAGGUCGCUUCUCGGGAGCCGCGCUGCUGGGCGCGCCACGCCGACGCGAGGAAGCGAGCGGUGGGCUCGGCAGCGGCCGGCUAGCGGGGCGCGCGUGCGCGCGUGGAGUUGAGCGGAAAAUGCGGAGUCAGCAGCGCCUCCGGGAGCUGCUGCAGCAACUGCAGGGAAAUGGAGCUGGCUUCUCCGCCAGGCUUUUUUCCCCCCUUUCCCCUCCUAGACGCGGCUACUUGAGAUCUGGCAAGGUUUCAACAUCCGGAAUACGAUCUCUCGCGCGGGUGGGUGUGGGUGUUCAUCCACCGCAUGCAUGUGGGCUAUCAUUAUUACUAGUACUAUUUUGAGUUAAACAAGCUGUAGCUUAGGGCCCCACUCUCUUGGGGGCCCCCCAAAAAUUUCCAAAAUAUAAGAUAAAAAAGAAAUAAAAUAGAACCUACAUACAGCAACAGUGUUUCGUGUUGUGUAGGCUGCUAUGAUGUAAGUAAUGGGCCCCCAAUGAUUUUAAGUUAGAGCUUAAUGAUUAUUUCGCUAUUAAUAUACUUCUUCUUUAUUGUAUGUCAGUUCAACAAUUACUUUGAUAAAAUACAUAUUUUGUGAUGUGCAAAUGGCUUUAGAUUAAGGUUACCAGAUUUUUUUCCAAUGAAUCCGGGGACACUUUUCAACUUCAGUAGGAAUGAUAGGAUUGUAUCAGGGUACUGAUUUGUAAAUCCAGGGACUGUCCCCAGGAAAUGAGGACGUCUGGUAACCUUACUUUAGAUACUUAUUAGGUCCAUAAAUUACGAUAUAGCAUAUAUUCAACACAAAAAACAGCGACAAUUUGUAGUUGACAAAGGACAGCUGGACAUAUAAAGGGCCCCAUUACCUUCAGUAGCUUAGGGCCUCAUCAAACCUAAAUCUGGCCCUGCUGGCAAACCACAGCACCUCAAGUUAUUCCAGAGUAAUGACCAAGUGGGGAUUUGAGCCCUGGCCUUCCAGGUCUGACACUUGUAAACACUAAGUGCCAGGGUGUGAUCCUGAGGAUGCAGGAUCUAGGAGAGGGUGCAUCCUCCCCAUUUUUCUAAUGCCAUUAUAUCCAUCUGCUUCCGUGGCAGCUACGUGAUUGCUUUGCGCAGCACUGUCAACGUGCAAGAGGAACAAAUGCUUCUCUUGCUCCACGGCUACAACUGGGGAGUUUGAAUUGUGAGGUGGAUUACUCUUUCUCCGGUGUCCCCCCCCCCAUUGAUCUGCAGCUGGUGGGGCAGGACCCACAGCUCAGUCUGCCCCUAACUCAUGUCUUAACAGUGGCACUUUUAUUGUGUGGAUAUGUAGUAAUAAAGUGAAGAAAAAGGUCCCCAAGGUUGUCCUUUUCAUGUUUUAAAUGGCUGACUCCCUUGACCAAGAACUUGAAAAAGUUGCACAUUCAGCCCCUUCUGCAACUGGCUCCUAUGCAUAUUGAUUAUGGACAGUGCUUUUUUCUGGGGGGACACAGGGGUACGCAUACCCCUAAACAUUUUGUGAAUCUUUGUACUUUUUUUCCAUUUACUGUAUUUAUUUUCCCCGAUUUGAACUAUAAAAUGGUGAUUUUCUUGAGUCAAAACGAGAGUACCCCUAAAUAUUUUUUAAAGAAAAAAAGCACUGAUUACGGAACAGUUCAUGAAGUGGUUCAUAGGUCAUAAAUGUGUUUAUAAUUGGUCCUUUUGGUUUCAGUGGUACUUGCUGCCUAGAAGGUAACAAGGUGACGUCUUUGGAAUGUGCAUAGCUGCUACUAGAUUUUUUAGGAACAACAAAACACAGCCUCCCAGAGUGGCUGGGGCAACCCAGUCACAUGGGCAGGGUACAAAUGAUAACAUUCUUCUUCUUCUUCCAGUUUAACACACAAUUUGCACUUGAGAAGGGCGUUCUGCUCUGGUAGGCAUUUUGAGUGAUAAUGUCAGAUAAAGAUGCUGUGUUAACUAACUAUGGUAUAAAGUAGUCCUAGCUUUCUGUACAGAAAAAGGUAGUGGGGGAAAUCCUAUUUGAAUUGGGGGAACAUUGAAGUUGUUGGAAAAACCAAAGAAGAAAUUGACCAUUCAAAUGAGCAGAAAUUCCAAGAGAAGUUGGGAUAUAGGGAAAUGGGAUAUAUAUAUGUAAAAAUACAAUUUUUUACAUAGUGCAUUAAGAGUGCUUUUAUAUGACUCUUAAUUGUAUAUAGAGGCUUGCAUUUUUCUAAAGGGUUUUUUAUGUUUAUAGAUACAUUGUAAUUGCAUAGUAGCAAAUAACAUCCCCACCCACCCACGACUUUACCAAUGCCUUAGGCUUCAUACACACCAUCCAUUUAAAGCAUGCACACACACUCCAGGAAUCCUGGGAACUGUAGUUUAUUAAAGGUGCUGGAUAUUGUGGUUCUCUGAAGGGGUAAACUGCAGUUCCCAGGAUUCUUGUGUGGGGUAAUGUGUUUUAAAUGUAUGGUAUUUAUUCAAUCUUAAUCUUCCCAUGUGGUAACUGGGGUGCCCUCUAGGAAUUAGUGCACUGGUGGGAUGGAGAGGAUUGACAUUCCUCAAAUGUUCCUUAAUGAACUUUGGUAAGUUACAUUUGUUCCCUAGACUUCAGCAUGUAUCUCUCACAGUGUGUAUAGAUGCCAAGCCAGUCAUUUUUGACGGAAAAAUAACACAUACAGUGGUACCUCAGGUUACAUAUUCUUCAGGUUACAGAUGCUUCAGGUUACAGACUCCGCUAACCCAGAAAUAGUACCUCGAGUUAAGAACUUUGCUUCAGGAUGAGAACAGAAAUUGUGCUCCGGCGGCGUGGCGGCAGCAGGAGGCCCCAUUAGCUAAAGUGGUGCUUCAGGUUAAGAACAGUUUCAGGUUAAGAACGGACCUCCGGAACGAAUUAAGUACUUAACCCGAGGUACCACUGUAUUGUCAUUUGAUAGUGAUCACGUCUGUUUUUUGUUUUCCUUGUUAAUGUUAUUUAUAGUGAAAUAUUGGGAGGAAUUUCCCAGGAACUCAAUGGGGUUCACUUCUGAGUAGACCUAUAUAGGACUGAACCAUUAUAGGCCUCAUCUCUGCAGUUUCUGUUUUGAUUUUGCAAGAUUUUACGUGUAUUUGCAUAAAACAGAGACAAGAUCUCACGGUACUACAGUGUAUUAUGGCAAAAACUUUCAUGGGCUAGAAGAUGUUGUGAAAAGAAUGUAAACAGUGAGAUCAAAUGGCAAUGAAAUUCCACUUCAGAGUAAAUGUAUGUCAAAUAAGAGUAGUGAUAAUUCACAUCAGCAGUAAUAAUGCAAACAUUGAUAUUCAUAGUGGGACAGAAAGCCCCAAUCCCUAUUAAAGCAAAAUAUAAUAGAACAGAACUUCUCCAUAAUUUGUAGUCAGUUUCAUGCCGGAGUCUCUCUUUGUUUAAAAACAACAACUUUUCAGGGCAGCAGCAGAAUGCCCUGAGCAGUUGAAAUACAGUGGUGCCUGACCAGGGAGAAGAGUUGGUGGAAGAAGAUUGGAAGAAAUUUAAAGACUAUUUACAGAAACAUUGCAAAAUUAAUGAAUGUUAGAAUGAUGUUGGAUUGAAGUUAAGUGGCUUCUAGCUAUAUAGGUACAAAAGAAUAUGGAAAAAUUGGUUUUUAAUAUGUAAAAAUCUAAUGUUACAAUAUAUCAAGAUUAAGGAUUAGGAUUAAAAAGGAGGGAAAGGAAUUGUUGGAUUAACAAAUUGAAUUGGAAUACAAAAGAGGGAGGUAUGAGGAGGUCCGGGAAACAAGUAAACGUAAAAGAAGUGAGGAAAAGAUGGAAUUGUUUUUAACUGUUUUUUCUUUUUUUCCUACUUUGUAUUUUUCCUUGUUAUUGUUAAUUUUUUAAUUUUUUUUUAUUAAUGUGAAUUUUUUUUCCUUUGAAACUUUAAUAAAUAUUAUUUUAUAAAAAAAAAAGAAAUACAGUGGUGCCUUGGUUUACAAACUUAAUCUGUUCCGGAAGUCCGAAACCAUUCUUAAACCAAGGCACGCUUUACCUAAUGAGGCCUCCCACUGCUGGUGCCCUUCCACUGUUGGGAUUCCGUUUUUAGACCGAGGUAAAGUUCUCAAACCAGGACACUAUUUCCGGUUUUGCGGAGUUUGUAAACUGAAUUGUUCUUAAACAGGACUGUUCUCAAACCGAGGUACCACUGUAUUCUACUUCUUGCUGAAUGUAAGAUUUGUGCCAGGGUACUCUUAUGUGUAGAGACUGGCCCAUUUGUCCAUGUAGAAUGCAGAAGGCGGGGAUGACAUUAUAGCAUAUAUCAAGUUGGAAGAUGAGUGUGGUCAAUGAAUCCUUGAUGUGUGCCUUUCAUGUAACUUGCAUUUAAACUUUAAUAUAAUUUUCACAUGCUUUUUUUGCAUUUCAUUACCACUUGAUCUCACUGUUUACUUUCUUCUUUGUAUACCCAAGUACCUGCCAACUGAAGAUAACAACUUUAUGCAUCUGAUGAAGCAACAAGGCUUCAUUGUUAUGUUUGCUACAACAGACUGACACGUCUACCUCACUGGAAACUGUUACAAUGAAAUAAUGCAUUUUGCUAUCAGGACUGGGUUGGGGUGGGCAGGUUAUUGCAAGGUUCUGAAAUAGUUCAUCAAUUUAUUUAUGAAAAUAUUUAUAUGCCAAUGUAUCAUAAAAAUAUAUCACAGCCAUUUACAACAAUAUAGAAAUAGAAAACCAAACCCUAAAAAGUUAAAAACAAGUUAAAAACAAAAAGAAAUUAAAAACAAACACCAUUGUGAGGGAUGUACUCUUAAUUGCCUGCAUAGGCCUGGUGGAAUAGAAAGGUUUUCAGCAGAUGUUGACAAACUGGCACAGAAGGCGCCCACUGUUACAUCACCUUCUAGGAUGCCAGUGUAAUGUUUCUUCAUAACUCUGAAGUUGACAUGUUUUAACAGUUUCCCAGCCCUCUUUUUAGUGGUGAAUGGUUUUUCAUAAUUUAGUCAAAGGUAAGAGCACCUAGCAGAAGUGGCCAUGAAAAUCAGUGAGAGGGUUCAUGUUCUCUUCUAUGUGUAUCUCUAUAUAUCACUGUAAUUGAAAUACAUUAUUAUUACUAAAUGUAUUACUUGGCGUUCACCAGCAGGCUUCAGGGCAGAUUGCAGCAAUCUAAAAUUCAGUAUUGAAAGCAGUUGAAGCAAGUCACAGGAAUAGGAUGAUUCCCCAAAACACAUAUCUUGCGUAUCAAAGGCCAGGGCAAAGAGGUACAUCUUUAGCAUAUCAUCAAAGCUGUAUAGUGAAGGUGCUAGAAGGGGUCCGCAACUGUUUUCAGCCAUGGGCCAGUCCACCGUCCCUCAGACCAUGUGGUGGGCCGGACUAUAUUUUGGAAAAAAACCACGAACGAAUUCCUAUGCCCCACAAAUAGAGAUGCAUUUUAAAUAAAAGCACACAUUCUACUCAUGUAAAAACACGCUGAUUCCCAGACCAUCCGCACAGCGGCGUAGCGUGGGUUGUCAGCACCCGGGGCAAGGCAAGUAAUUUGCGCCCCCUAACCCGGGGCAAGGCAAGUAAUUUGCACCCCCUAACCUGCCGCCGCUGCCAGCUUCUUCUUGCUGCUGCCUGGGCUGGGGUAUUUACGGUAAGGUAGCCACGGCGGCGGCGGCAGGUCCGUGUCAGGUGAUCUGAGGUGAGUUGCCGCUGGCGCUGCCGCCCAAACGACGCCGCUUGCCCGGAGGAGGGCAGAGAGGCGAGGAAAAUGCAACAUGGCCCAGCAGCUGCAGCAGUAGCGGCGGCGGCGGGGCUGUGAGGAGGGGCUGCCUGGCGCGCCCUCCGCGGCCCUGACGCGCGGGGACCGCGGCGAGCGCUGAGAGCCGCUGCCAGCUCGUCGGUUCCGCGAGACAUGGGGCUCUGCUACAGCCUGCGCCCGAGGCUCCUCGGCGACUCUGGAGGCGGCUAGUGCGCCCCCCCCAGAUGUUGCGCCCGGUGCGGCCGGCCCCCCCUGCACCCCCCAUGCUACGCCACUGCGUCCGCAGGCCAGAUUGAGAAGGCAGUUAGGCCACAUCUGGCCCCCGGGCCCUAGGUUGCCUACCCCUGUGCUAGAUGCACCUUUUGGGGAAGGAAUUCCACAACCUACAAGCUCCCACAGAGAAUGCCCUCUUGCAGCUUCUGAGGGUGGUGGAACUGCCAAGAGGAGUCCUGCUGAUCUUAACACCCAAGUGGGUCUGUAGGGAAGGAUAUUGGGAUAUCCUCGUACCUACGGGACCGCCUCUCCUGGUAUGCCCCACAGAGAAACUUACGGUCUUCAAAUAAAAACAUCUUGAAGGUCCCAGGCCACAGAGAAGUUAGGCUGGCCUCAACUAGAGCCAGGGCUUUUUCGGCUGUGGCUCCGAUCUGGUGGAACACUCUGUCACAAGAGACCAGGGCCCUGCGGGACUUGACAUCUUUCCGCAGGGCCUGCAAGACAGAGCUGUUCCACCAGGCCUUUGGCCAGGGCAUAGCCUGACUCCCUCCCUCGGCAAUCUUCAUGGAGCUCUGGCCCAAUGGUUGCCAGUGGCUUGAAUUAAUUAAUUUUAUAAUGAAUGAUUUUAGAGUGUUGUUUAUGCUGUACUUUCGUAUUGUUUUAUUGUUGUUAGCCGCCCUGAGCCCGGCUUCGGCUGGGGAGGGUGGGAUAUAAAUAAAAUUUAUUAUUAUUAUUAUUAUUAUUAUUAUAUUGUGACAUGACCUUAUUGACGUCGUUUCAUCUGUGUGUAUGGUGUAUGAAGACAAUUUUCUGUCCCAAGGGGCUCAUCCAAGGCGGGUGAAAUAACAGAGAAAGGAAAUGGAAGUGAAGGCAGAGCUAAACGGGUGAAAGCUGUGCACCCCUUUUAAGACUCUGUGAAUGUAAAUGUCCUCUGUGUACAGCUACCAAGACUUGUAGCCCUAGCUAAACCAAGCUCACUCAGAAGUAAGCUUUGCUGAAUUCAAUAGGGUCUAUUCCCUAGUCCUGCAGUCUCUCAUGGCCAACCUCCUAGGGGCCACAUAGCAGUGAUGGGCAGGGCUGGAGCAAGAGGUGUGAUUCUUGCCCUCACACAGUAGACCGUUCAACAAGUAGCGUAAGUCCAAUCACAGAACGGCAACCCCGUGCCGCCACAAUGGGAAGGGUAGCCCAAUAGAGAAUAUGAAAAAGUUUUCCAAAGCUGUUUUUCAAAGAUUGAACUGGAUGAGAUGUUCUUCAAUAGGUCUUGAGUUGGCCUGUGAAUACUUUCUUUAUCCUGAGCAAACUGUUUUGUAUGACUGGUUUUUCGGACUGAUGAAGCGUGUAGCGAAACCUGUAAUAUAUCUGGAGAACAGGUCUCCUUUUGCCCACUUGCGUUAUUCUCACCAGGGUGGUGGCUUUGAUUUGCCUUCCUGUGAUUGAUCCAUGCAUACGGCUUUGUGUUUCCAACUCAAGACUUGUUGAACGGUUCAUUUAUCCAGUCUGUAUAAUGUUUAUUGCACAUGUAACUUGUUAAGAUACAGUUGUACAUUUAUCCACUCCAUGUUUACAGUAUCUCGAGGCUUUGUUUUGCACAUGGCACCUUAGUAUGUUUGUUGCUUGAAUGGUUACAAGUCUAUCUCUAGUCUAGCUAUUAUUCUAGUAAAUUUGGUUUUACACUUAUAAGCCAGUUUGUGGUGUUGUUGUUUUGUUGCAUGUUAACACUACAGACUAAAAGCCCUAACAGAGCAGAGGGGAAGGACCAUGGGAUGUGUUCCUUCUGCAGAUGAACACACAAGAAAAGGAAACAAAUCAAAAAGUACAGUAAACCCAAUACCCAAUGGUGGCGUAACUUUUGACUGCACAGCAGCUCCCAGCAUGAGCCACCACUUUGCAAAACUAGACUGAUAUGCCACUUUCCCAAACUCACAUUUUGGUAGGUUUGCGGUGAUCUGAUGAUAAUGCAUAUGGCAAGCGGUUCAACAUGGCACAAGUUGGGACCCACCACGCAGUCGCAUUUAACCUUUCCAUUGAAGAGAUAAUUUUCUGGUUAUAUGCCUUACUACAUUUCAUCCAUGAGAAAUAUUGCUCCUUUAUAAAGGACUGCUUGGGAUCGACAGUUCAGUCCCUUCCAUGCAAUAAAUCAUUUUAUGUGCGUAGCCAAUACUUGGGACAUUCCAAACACACACUUAACUUCUGAGAUUGACUGGCUAGUUGUAUGGCCUGAGAAAACUGGAAUCCAAGCAGCAUUAAAUUUGAGUUCCAAGCUCUUUUGAGAAUCCUAGUUGACUUGCUUGUCUUCUCCAUAUAAUUUCCAUGCAAUUUGUAGCAAACCAUUGAUAGAAACUGUGAUAAAGUAGAGGAAGGGGGCAGGAUAAUACAGAGGCAUAACCAGGAUUUUUGUUGGGGUACCAGGCCUUUUGUUGGGGGGUGCAAAACCUCAGUUAGCUAUGUAUUUUUAUUGAUUGGGGGUGGCCCAAUGGCCUGCUUGCUUGUUUUAAGGAAGCAUAUAUGCAUUUCUUAGAAAAGGAUUACCCACUAGAGGUGAUUUGUCAUUCUCUGCAAACACAGACCCACAGACUGAACUUAUGCUUGCAGGAAAUGAAUUUGAAUGUGACUAACUUGAGGUAUUGAUGGGAUGUCUCAGUGGCUAUCUCUUGUCAGGUCAGUAACCUGACAAUUGUGAGCCUUCUGCAUAUUGGAAAAAUGAAUCACCCUGAGCUGCUGGAACUCACAUCUGCUCUGGGUUAUUAUCAACAUCACAUAGCAGCUUCACAUAUUACCACUAUUACGCUAUUGCCAUGUAUGUUGCUUCUCAGAGCACAGGUUAGGUCCCUGCCCUGAGCAGCUUACAAGCUAAAAUUUGACACAGAUGAAAUAACAGAGGACUGGAAGAGAAGUGGGGGCAAGGGUAAACAGAGAAGCAAUAUGCAGCUUUUUUCAGGUGCGUAUGCUUAGGCUUGGUGCCUCAAUUUAAAACAGCUGUACAGGUUGCCGGUUUGUUUCCAGGUCCAGUUUAAGGUGCUAACGCUGAUUGAUCUGUGUUAAAUUAUUUUAGAGAUCUAUUCUCUUUUUAAAAAAAUACUGGUUAUUACAAGGUUUGUUAGACUCCAAAUAUACUCCAAAUUUGCUUCUUGUUUCCAUAUUGCUUUUUUUUAUGGAUCACUUAUGUAAGAGCUUACAUAUUUUGACAAAAGAAAAUUUUACCUAAGGGGUUUGGAUGCAGAAGGAAGAGUUUGCAAAGCCGUGCCCCUGUAUGUGUGUGUGUGAUAAAUACAUACUGUGGGAAAUGGAAACAUAGAUAGGGCAAAGGUCUGUUUUAUAGUUGGGACCGAGUAGGCAGAGUGCCUACAUGGCACGCACUUUCUGAUAAGAUCAGAAUGUUUGCAAUCUCCUGGCAUUGCUGCUGCAUCCACAUCCAUUCUGCCAGCUUCUAGUUUCUGGCAACUGGCUCUUUUGAUUUCCUCCGUGGAAACAAAUAUCACUGGUGUUCCCUAGAUUAACCCAUUCCCAGCUGGUUAACAUUAAACUUGUGCUGUCUGAAUGCUUGAGUCCAGUUUGAUUGUGGGUUCUUGAUCAUAUGUAAUGUGUUCUUUGGAUUGUUUUAAUUUGAUACCAGCUGCCCAGAGUGUGGCUUUAUGAGGGAGGGGCAGAAUAUAAAAUAUUUUAAAUGAAUAUACAUAAAAUGAGAAUGCUCUCAGUCCUCUAUUUGCUCUUAUGACUGGCCACCUUCUGAUUCCAUACAUAUAGUUACAACCUUGUGGUCCAUUUUAAUUAAUCUAAAAUAACUACGGGGUCUUGCUUUCCAACACACAGUCGCUGAGGUAUGUUAGAAUUCUGGAAAGAGUGGGGAAACCCCACUGCUUCCCAUUGCCUAGCCCUCCUCACUGUGUUUGACAGCAUGUUAAAUCCAUGCAAAGUGAUUUGAAGUAUUAUACAAAUAAGGGUCUUAUCUUAAUUACACAAGCCUGAAGAGUUCUUGGUGGGAACAUUCUCUCUUCCUAUUAUUUUCAUUUCUGUGUGCCCCUUAUUUUAUGUCUGUGAAUAAGUUCCUGAGUCCUUGAAAUGUGAUAUACAGGUGCUUAUUAUAAUUAGCAUUAUUCAAAAUGAUUUACAGAGGGGGCAGGGCCCUGUCCUUGUAUACUGUCUAAAGUACAAUGCAUGGUGAUGACGUUAGGCAAAUAAUCAUCAGUCACAACUGAGCUGGCAACAGUUAUGAGUUUACUAAUAAAGAAAAUCUGUGUAUGACCAGUUCCUGUACCGGAAAAGAUAUAGUCAGCCAAUGAGAGCUAAUUCAGCAGCACAGAAUACUGUAUUUGGCAUAUGCAAGAUCCAUUUGCUAACAAAAAUUGCAACACCAAGUUAAAACUUGGAUUAACUUCCAGUGAUUAAGAUUCUGAUUAACAGCACAAGUUAUAACUAGAAUAGUGAUGGAGAUAUUUUAACUACCAGUGUUUUGGAGUGCCAGGGGAAGGGAAGACACAAGUUACAGAAAAUCUGUAGCACAAAACUCAUGUAGAGGUUAUUAUUAUUAUUCCCUUUAUCCCCCCCCCCCCAUUAUUUCACUCUUAAGGUCCCAGGAUGGGUUGCAACAUUUUUUACUAUCCUAAAUAUUAAAGGCAUUUAAAAAAUGCUGAAAUGGUCAAAACAUUAAUAAGAAAAUUCCACGGACAUGUUUUCAAGUGUUGCAUGGUUUUUUUGUAUUAUUUUUUUUUUAGGAAGAUCAAACAGUACAUGUUAUGUCUGUCAAAGGAGGUGUUAUGCAACAUGUAGAAUGAUUCAUUGCAGACACUCUUCCUUGAACACUGCUGUGACACAGUUGUAGAAGUAUUAGGAGGGCGACAAAGAUAACCAAGGGUCUGGAAACCAAGUCUUAUGAGGAAUGGCUGAGGCAGCUAGGUAUGUUUAGCAUGCAAAAGAGGAGGCAGAGGAGAUGUAAUGGCCACCUUCAAAUAUCUAAAGGGCUGUCACACGGAGGAUGGAGCAAGCUUGUUUUCUCCUGCUCCAGAAAGUAGGACUCAAAUCAAUGGCUUCAACUUAAAAGGAAGGCGAUUCUGACUAAACACCAGGAAGAACUUUCUGACUGUAUGAACUGUUAGAAAGUGGAACGGUCUCCCUAGGGAGGUUAUGAACUCUCUCCUUCCUUGGAGUUAUUUAAGCAGAGGUUGGGUGGCCAUCUGUCGUGGAUACUUUAGUUGAGAUUCCUGCAUUGCGGGGGGGGGGGUGGACUAGAUGAACCUCAGGAUCAUCUACCUUAUGAGGUAGCCUUUCUGAUAACAUCCCUCACUAGAAUGAAAUCUGAAAAUACAAACAUACCCCAGGUGUUUCAUUGAAAUUGCAAGUCUUUAAAUGGAAAAUAUUGAUGGUUUUCAAUAGCUUCUCAGCCUUUUGCCUAGCGUCAAGUGUGAAAAUCACUGCUUUUCAUUUAGUUAUAAUGCUACAGUAACAUAAUGUAUAUUACUCUGAAUUGACAUUUUUAGCAUUAAUAAUGUGCAUUAUUUGCAUUAUUAAGCAUGUUGGGAGUCAGAGGUGGGUCUGAACCAGUUGGAGCCCAUUGUCCUAUUUGUCAUCCCCCCCCCCCAUAUCUGAAAGACUGCUUGCCCUCUUUCUUGGUCCUCUUGAUAGCUCCCCUGCUUACAGAAGUUUGAAGGUGGUGGCUUAGGCCGGGACAUUCUCUGUGGCAUUUCCUAGCUUGUGGAAUUCCGUCAGCACAGAGAUGCAUUUUACACCUUCAUUAUACAGUGGUACCUCAGGUUAAGUACUUAAUUCGUUCCUGAGGUCUCUUCUUAACCUGAAACUGUUCUUAACCUGAAGCACCACUUUAGCUAAUGGGGCCUCCCACUGCCGCUGUGCCGCCGCUGCAUGAUUUCUGUUCUCAUCCUGAAGCAAAGUUCUUAACCCGAGGUACUAUUUCUGGGUUAGCAGAGUCUGUAACCUGAAGCAUAUGUAACCUGAGGUACCACUGUAGUUUCUGAUGUAUGCUGAAAACAUACCUGUUUGCUCCAGCCUUUGACACCUGAAUUAUGUUUUUUCAGGACCUGUCCUUCUCCUGUGACUGUUAUUAGUUUUGACUUUUAAACACUAAUUUUUAAAAAAUACUGUAUCUUGUCCUGGGACCUGCUGGUGAAGGACAGGUGGGAAUAAUAAUAACAAAAACAACAAACCUUUCAGAAGUCUUUUGCGCGUUGCUGCAGCAGGAGUUUGGUGUGCCAUCAUUUAAUCACACCCAAGUCCAUGCUGAUUACUCUCCAUUUUCCUCUACAGACUGUUUGCUUGGUGAUUCGUUUUACAGCUUCUUGUGUUUUAAAAUCAAGCUAAGAGGUCUAUAAUCCACCAGGUUGUUCUCUUUCCAGCUUAAAAUAUAUUUGCACAGAGAUCCUGUCAGAAUGAAAGUAACGGUGUUAGAUUGUUGAGUGAAAAUAAGGUAUCACCACUCUAUUCUUUGACCUUCUUCUUUCAUUGUUGUUUAGUCGUUUAGUCAUGUCCGACUUUUUGUGACCCCAUGGACCAGAGCAUGCCAGGCACUCCUGUCUUCCACUACCUCCUGCAGUUUGGUCAGACUCAUGCUGGUAGCUUCGAGAACACUGUCCAACCAUCUCGUCCUCUGUCGUCCCCUUCUCCUUGUGCCCUCCAUCUUUCCCAACAUCAGGGUCUUUUCCAGGGAGUCUUCUCUUCUCAUGAGGUGGCCAAAGUCUUGGAGCUUCUUUCAUUACCUCCAGUGUUUCUUAAUCAUUUGAAUCAUUUGAAUUAUUUUUUUAAGCUGUGGGAAUGGGUAAAAGAGGAAGAGAGAGAUUUGCCUGGAAAUAGCUACUCAGCAAUUCCUUGUUCAUUUCUCUCUGUUGUUACAAUAGGGGAAGCUGAAGCUCUCUAGAAGUUGUUGGACUUCAGCUCCCAUCAGCCCCAGCCAGAGUGACCAGUAGUCGGGGAUGAAGGGAGUUGUAAGCCAGCAAUGCUUGGAGGGUUACCGCUUCUCCACCCCUUCAUUAAAACUUAAUGACAAUCAAAUUCAGUGGGCGACCAAAAAGUUUUUGCAUGGAGUUGCAAUCAUAGGGAAAUCUGCACAUCUCUUUUAAUUUUCCCUGCUGCAGAGCUCUUAAAGACAGAGCAGUCUUAAUUCCAUCAUAGCCAAACACUGAUUCUGUGCUUCAGUAUUACCGUAUUUUUCGCUCCAUUGGACGCAGUUUUUCCCCUCCAAAAAUUGAGGGCAAAUGUGUGUGCGUCCUAUGGAGCGAAUGCAGGCUUGUGCCAUAGCCGCGCGCAACCCCUCCGGCAGGGAGAGGCUGCACGGGGCUAUGGCUUCUUUAGCUCCAUGCAGCCUCUCCCGGCAGGGAGAGAUUGCGCGGGGCUAAAGAGGAAGCCAAAGCAGUAGGGAGAGAUUGCGCGGGGCUAAAGAGUUAGCCAAAGCAGCAGGGAGAGAUUGCGCGGGGCUAAAUAGGAAGCCAAAGCAGCCAGCGGGAUCCAUCCCGCUGCCUGCCUUGGCUUGUGCCAUAGCCGCGUGCAACCUCUCCGGCAGGGAGAGGCUGCAUGGGGCUAUGGCUUCUUUAGCUCCACGCAGCCUCUCCCGGCAGGGAAGAAGCCAAAGAGGCUAAAGAGGAAGCCAAAACAACCAGCGGCAUCCAUCCCGCUGGCUGCCUUGGCUUGUGCCAUAGCCACGCGCAACCUCUCCGGCAGGGAGAGGUUGUGCGCAGCCUGUACGCUGCUCUUUGGGGCUGGGGGGGGGAAGAUUUUUUAAAUUGAUUUCCCCGUCUAAAAACUAGGUGCGCCCUAUGGUCUGGUGCGCCCUAUGGUGCGAAAAAUACGGUAUUUGUUAGAAACGGAAUUAAUACUUUCCAAUUGCAUGAAAUUCAACAGGUCAAUCAUUACCCAUCAUUUCUCCUCUCUUCUGUUGAUUUCUGCCUGCCAUCCAUGAAAACUCUGCCAGAAAGAGAAGGUAGCAGCCUCAUGUACCAGGCAGAUAUAGCAUGACCUUUCAGCACAAACACAUUUUGCAAUAGUUUUGCCCACAGUGCCUAUCCCUGAAAUAAAUGCUCAUGCUUCUGGCAAUCAGAACAUUAACUCUUCUUAUACAAGAGAUCAUUUCCCUUAUUUUAUGGCUCCCACCACCACUACUGACCAUUCUGAGCUUUUCAAAACAUACAGUGGAGUUCACUCUUUCCCCUUUAUCAUGUAGAUAGGCACAAUUAGCCAUUAAGUGUGUUUCCCCACCCCCACCCACAAAGUGGGUUUUAGUACUGCUGCUUGAUGCCUCCACAGGAAAGAUGAUUCACUGUGGAGCUACUUGAUCCCAGACUUAGGCUGUUCAAAGGUUGAUCUCAGUUUGUCAAACCAAACUGAAGACAACCAGACAUUAGUGAACAUCACCACUUUCAUUUGGUUUAUGGCUGCUUCACACAAACUGAAAUUUCCUAUGUGGAAGUUGCAUAUUCAUCACGUGUCUAUUUUGCUGCCUGUGCACAUAGCAAGAUUCAGUUGUCAACUGUAGCAUUCAAAUAAGAUGGACGCUGUUUCCUCAACCAAAAUGGCUUCCAUGAGGGGAGCGCAUCUUGUGGGAAGUGGACCUGUUUACAGCCAACUGUUGCUUGUUCCCCAGUCCCCAACACUAAAUGAGCAACAAUGAAUGUUUGGUCCUCCUGUUGUUGUUGAACUACAACUGCCAUCACCCCUGCCCAUUGGUCAUGGUAACUGGGCAGAUGGUAAUUGGACUCGAGCAAAAUCUGGAGGGUUACAUGCCAGCGUGGUGUAGUGGUUAAGAGCGGUGGACUCGUAACCUGGUGAACUGGGUUCGAUUCCCCGCUCCUCCACAUGCAGCUGCUGGGUGACCUUGGGCCAGUCACACUUCUCUGAAGUCUCUCAGCCUCACUCACCUCACAGAGUGUUUGUUGUGGGGGAGGAAGGGAAAGGAUAAUGUUAGCCGCUUUGAGACUCCUUUGGGUAGUGAUAAAGCGGGAUAUCAAAUCCAAACUCUUCUUCCUCACCCCUGCUCCAGCCUUUGUGUCUUUAAAAGCAAUCUGAGCCGCAAAUGUCAGCAGGUGACAAUGUUUCUCUCCAGUGCCUUGAAGGGCUGCCCUUGCUGAGUCAUAUGUAUUAAAUUUAUGUAAAAUUAGCAGGGAGCCUGCAGUUUGUUUGUUUUCUGGCAACCAUAAAAUGCCUUGCCAAGAGUAGGCGGCUACAGUUUAACCAUACUAUUCAUUAGAGAGGUUUCCUCUUGGUAACUGAGGAAUGGAAUGGCCUCUUUAAUGCUAAAUAUGAUGCAGAAAUGUGGGUCCUUUGCCUUUCAUUGAUAUUGACAACUUCUAUCUAUGUGCUAAGGUUCUUGCUGCAUAGGAGCUAAUGGCAGAAAUUCUCAUAUCUUCCCCCUGCAACAUGAGCUGCUGUAUUUGAGGUCCUGAAAGCUCCCGGGUAUGGCAAUAUUUCUCUGUUUUGCUCCCAAGUGGGUUAGAUUUCUCCUUUUCUGAAUUUGGCUCACUGAUGCUCUUUGGGUCCCCACAAUGAACUUAUUUUGAGUCAGACAAAAUGAACUCAUUUUGAGGAUUUGGGCACCAUCAUCAAUGAGCCAGCCGGCUGAGAAGCAUUAGUUAUGAGAGAUGGUCUGCUUCUAUUUCUGCUGCAGGUAACUGCAUUUUGAAAUUAUCCCUGAGUGCAAUUUCAAGCGUUUCAGAGGAUUUUAUUCAGGACACUAGCAUCACAGAAAGGAAUAGGCUGUCUUCAGUGUCACUUUGCAUUCUGAUGUAUUCAAAGGAUAGUCUUAGAGCUAAACAUGUAACAUUGCAUUAGCUGAUGCAUUUUCCUUACAUAUCUUGGGGGUGGACUUUUUGCAUACACAUAUAUAGUCUCAUAUACAGUUGCCUUGGAGUACACGCAGGCAUUGAAAUCAGUGAGAUUUACUUCUGACUAGAUAAGUAUGAGAUUGUGCUGUAAGUUAGCAAAAGAGGUGGGAGGCAGCUACACUCCCUUUAUAAAUGGAGCACUUGUCAAGCUCCUUAGUACUGCUUGUUUUCCCACUAUGAAUACUUCUGGUCUUAAAUAUUUUUUACUUCUCCUUGAAGCAUAUGCAUAUAGUAUUCGGUGUACUCACUAUUGGUUUCUGCAUUGUUGGUUCCCAUUUCCCUGGGUUCUUUCUAUCUGGACACUCAGACAAUGGAAGCUGUUCCACACGCAUUGAUACUUGUGGAUAGCAAAGAAACAGUGGCUUUUCUGCUUUGAACUGGGAAUGUCACAGUAGAAGGUUUUCAAAAUGUUGGUGAAAAUGCGCAAGUUUGUCUGUGACCCCUUCAUGAUAAGGGGACACAUGUAUUGGGUUUUUAUUUCAUUUAAAGUACCAUAUUUUUCCGUUUAUAAGACUAGGUUUUCCCCCUAAAAAAUACUUAGGGGGCAUCUUAUACACAGAUACAUCUCCCCCCAUUUUCUUAAAUCUGAGUCCCCAAAAAUAGAGGGACUCUUAUAGACGGAAAAAUACGGUAUAUGUGUAAAGCAUGUUGUACUAUCAAACUAAUGAUGACAAUUAGCUAUGUUGGUUGUUAUGUACUCUUUCCUUGAUACUACACCAUCCUAGGGACACAGGUGGCGCUGUGGUCUAAACCACUGAGCCUCUUGGGCUUGCCAAGCAGAAGGUUGGUAGUUCGAAUCCCCACAAUGGAGUGAGCUCCCGUUGCUCUGCCCAGCUCCUGCCAACCUAGCAGUUCAAAAGCAUGCCAGUGCAAGUAGAUAAAUAGGUACUGCUGUGGCAAGAAGGUAAACGGUGUUUCUGUGCCCUCUGGUUUCUGUCACGGUGUUCCGUUGUGCCAGAAGCGGUUUAGUCAUGCUGGCCACAUGACCUGGAAAGCUGUCUGUGGACAAAUGCCAGCUCCCUCUGCCUGAAAGCGAGAUGAGCGCUGCAACCCCAUAGUUGCCUUUGACUGGACUUAACCGUCCAGGGGUCCUUUACCUUUACUACACCAUCCUGUACUGAUUUUUUUUUAAAGGUAAUAUAAUGCAAUUUUGAAUAGCAGGCAUGAAAUAACAUUCAGCCACUUCUGGUUUGCUCAAAUGGCUUCAAAUCCUUGUUUGGUUAAAAUGGCAUUGACUUAAAUGAGACUAUGGGCAUGAUGAGCAAGACAUGGAUUUCAGCAGCAUUCUCCUGUAGCUCUGUUAUUACUUGACUGGAAUCCUGCAUCCGAUACUUCAGCUCCUGGAGUUGAGGAUACUGAGGUUCCUGAUUGUUUUCAAGUCACUGAAAAAUACCACUAUGGCUGAAAUGCAUUUGACAGUUUGAAAUUUUAAUCCGCAAUCAUAGAAUUGUAGAGUUGGAAGGGAUCCCAAGGAUCAUCUAGUCCAACCCCCCGCAAUGAAGGAAUACACAGCUGUCCCAUAUGGGAAUCAAACCUGCAACCUUGAUGUUAUCAGCGCCACGCGCUAACCAACUGAGCUAUCUAGGCAUGAUACUUGUGGAUUUUAUGGUAGUUUUCUCUGCAUGAAUGCUUGUUCCAAAAUGUUGGCAGUUAGCCAUCUGUUUUUAAAUUCAUAUAUUGCAACUGUAGUUUUUGGCUUCGUUACAUCCAUUUAGAUCUUCUGCUAAAGCAUAUUUUCUUCAUGCUAUUUCAACAUAGAACUAUUUUGUUGUUCUCCUUUGGACACCUGCAUUAAAAAGAAAUCCAGCUUCCCUGCAUUUUUAAAUUACAGGUGUCCAUAGGAAUCUUGGGUUCCUGAUCUGCUUUUCAAAAGCCUUGUUGAGGCACACUUUGAGUGCCUGUCUCAGAAUAUAUGAAUAGUAAGUGGAGGAUUCUAAUAGCUUACUUGAAGGCAAACAGCUAUGAUUGAAAUAAGCCCAAUCUCCUCAUUCUAUUCACUAUUGUCCCAGCAGAUUCUCCCAUCAGCAGCCAGGUGUUUAGCAGUUAGAGUUGAAUCUUAUAAAGAUGCUAUUUCUGGCAUGUGUAAAAUUAUCCUGAGUGUAUAUGAAAUGUUUUACAAGUACGUUAGUGGGACCUCAAGUUUUAAUUGACGACAACAGACUUUCUGCCGAUAAGGGAGUAUUGCCAGACAGUUAAGGUUAAGGAACAAGGCUUGGAUAGUGACAGAGAGAGAGACAGAAUGUUUUCUAAGGAGUGGGAGAGGAGACUCGCAGGACUGAGGGGAGUUGGAGAUGAGUAAGAAAAGCAGAGAGUCAAAUUACUGAGAGGUGGAGCUAAAAGGCUCUUCAGGGAAGAGGAAGCUGCUGCAAUCACACAGUGAGUCACAUUACCCAAGGAUUCUUUCUAGCAUCCAGGUCCAAACUUUUGACUCUCAACACUAACAAAUUGGUUUCUCUGACCCUUGAAUUUUUGCAGAUUAACGUUGUUCUCCCAAAGCUCCCCUCCAGCAUGGCUUCGAGGAGGAAUAGCAGUGACCCAGCAAACAGGAGGAGGACAGAGAGACGCAGAUCAUCCCUGGAAGUUGCCUCAGGUAAGAGAUGUGACUAUCUGGAUCUUUUGCUUUGAUUACUGUAAAAGGAUGAGUGGAACUAUAUCCUCAACCAUUGCUUUCCUUUGCUGAUCUUAAGAUCUGUCUUGACCUUAUAAGAAAUAAAACCAGUCUUGCUGGAUGAGCCCAAAGGGUUAUCUGAACUCCAGCUUUCUGCUUCCCACAACAGCCAAUCAGAUGCCUCUGGAAAGCCCAAAAGCAGUACAUGAAAUGAGAGCCCUCUCCUACUGUUGUUCCCCAGCAGCUGGUUACCUCUCAUCAUGAAAGGUAGCUUAGUUUAUGGCCAUCCUGACUAGCUUUCCUUAGAUUUGUCUAAUUCGAUUUCAAAGCCACCUAAGAUGUUGGCCACCAGCACGUCUUGUGCCAGCAAAGUCUAUACAGUGGUACCUCAGGUUACAAACACUUCGAGUUACAGACUCCGCUAACCCAGAAGUAGUACCUCGGGUUAAGAACUUUAUCUCAGGAUAAGAACAGAAAUCAUGCAGUGGCAGCGGGAGGCCCCAUUAGCUAAAGUGGUACCUCAGGUUAAGAACGGUUUCAGGUUAAGAACGGACCUCCGGAACUAAUUAAGUUCGUAACCAGAGAUACCACUGUACUUUAGCUCUGCUCUGUACUUCUGGUUUUUGUCUGUCUUGAAUAAUUCAGCUUCAUUGGAUGUCUCCAGAUUCUAAUAUUAUGGGGGAUAAAAGAUUUUAUUUCCCUUUGGUAUGUGUGUGGAGUUCACAGGCAACCUUUCCUUAGAUACAUACAAGAGAGGCCUGUUUCGUUUUAACUAUGUAACAACAGUGCACAGGAAACCAGUGAUUUAUAACAAUUAUCUAAAUACUUAACGCUACACUCAAGUCAGUAUGCGACUGUUUAUUUAUGACAUUUGUAUGCCAUCCCGUAACAUAUAGUUAAGUAAACACAACUGAGAUGCAAAGUAAAACAUAAAGCUAUUAAAAAUAAAAAUAAUCCUAGCAUUAAGUACAACAAAACAGAACUUACUGCAGAUUUUAAAAACAGAGGGCUGGAUUCCCUACAUUAUUUGAAUGGACUGGGUGAAGGUGUGUAAUACAGGCAUGGGAACAUGUGGUCCUCUGGAUGUUUCUGGACUACAACUCCCAUCACCUCUGACCAGUAGCCAUGCUGGUAGUAACUGAUGAGAGUUGGAGCCCGACUAUGUCUAGAGGGCCACAGGUUCCCCAUCCCUGAUUCAGUACAUUCAGUGGAAGGUGCAGGCUGCAACUGUCAUCUAUUUCCUCUCCAAAAUUUCCAAUGUGCCUGUUAUAAAGGAAUCAGUGCAAUAUAAUUAAAAAUGCCAAGACUGAACCUAAUUCAAAAUGCUGAAUGUGUUUUGAGCAGUCUAUCUUAGUAGCCGUUCUAAAAAUCAUUACACAGUCACAGUGUUGGGAAAUAAUCAUAAUUAAAUAAAACGAGAGAGAGAGAGAGAGAUUAAAAAAUGGAAAGUAUAUAACUGAAAAAGUGUCCGUCCCCCCCGUUCAUGAUAUCAAUUUUAUCGUUGCUUGUUUGUUUAUUACAUUUAUAUACUAACGUUUCCUCCAAGGAGUUCAAAGUGGUGGUGUGCAUGGUUCUCCCUUCCCUAUUUUGUUCUCACAACAACCCUCUUAGGUUAGGCUAAGAGACAGCGACUGGUCCAAAAUUACCCAGUUCCUAGUCCAAUACUCACUAUUACACCAGGACAAUUAACCCACACAAUUAAGACUGGGAGAUAAUCCUUAUCUCCUCAUUCGGAAGUGUGAUCCUUCUCUGCAACAUCUUUUCCUUAGAAUAAAAGGAGUCUUUUCCUUAGAAUAAUUUCCAGAGUGGUAAUUGUGGUAUAGUACAAUUUUGUUCACAGCGUAUGAAGGUAGCCUGGUAGACUCAUUAAAAAAGAAAGCCAAAGUGUUAUAAAAUAGUGAGUAAGCAUCUCCUACCUUCUCCCACAUUCUGUCCAUAGACUGCAAUGUAAAUACAGAUUCUGUUGUUCAGCAUCAGCCAGCUUCUCUCCCCUACCCUUUAAAAUGUUCUUUAUGGUCUCUGUCCUGAUUGAGAGUGCUGGAGAACCUGAAAGCAUGCUCACUACUUGGUAAUAUUUGGGUUGGCCCAGGAAAGUUACUGCUUCCUAUGAAUUUUGGAGACUUGUGCACAGGAGCUUGCUCAGUCUUGUCUACUCUGACUGGAAGGUUCUUCCCAGGAUUUCAGGGUGGAGACUAUCUCAGCCCUACCUGGAGAUGCUGGGAAUGAACCCGGUGCCUUCUGUGUGCAAAGCGGAUCCUCUGUCAUUGAGCUACAGCCCUUUCCUGUGUUUACUUAGAAGCGCUACUGCAUUCAGUGGGGCUUACUGCCUAGUAAAUGUGUCUAAGAUAGGGGUCAACAGCACAUCAUCCCAUAGUUAUCCUGCAGUCAAUUGGAAGCCACAGAACCCGCGUCGGACGUUCGUGUUCCAAAGAACGUUUGCAAACCCGGAAAACUCACUUCCAGGUUUGUGGCGUUCCGGGAGCCAAAACAUUUGACUCGCAAGGUGUUCGGGAUCCAAGGUACAACUGUAUUUGAGUUGGGCACACUCCUGAUGAGCAAAAUACUUUGCACAGGAUCAGAGCUUGGAAGGUGUGUAUGUGGAACCUCCCAAAGCUCUGAUGCAGGCAGGGGAAGGAAAGUUCAAUUGCAAAGACUUGCCUCAGUGGUGAGCCUUCAUGCACAUUUUAACCUGUUCUACUUGUGGACUUGCAAAUGAGUCGUUGUAGCUUUGUCAAUAGUAUCCUAUGUACAAUGCUAUGUUGCUUUGCUUUGGCUUUAUCUUUUUAGACAGGAUUACAUUGUAUAAUUUGUAUCACAGCAGUAUCCACACUGUAUUUUGUCUGCCCUGGAUCUUCCAACAUUCAGCAUUGUUGAAUGUCCCCGAGUUCUAAUAUUGUAAGAGAGUUUGUGACAGAUUUAGUAUAGUGGAAGUUAGAGAGAAUGAAAGAAACAAUCAGGUGGAAGCCAGGCAAUUAUUUCCUUGGAUGGGGCUCCUGCUUCCUGCUAGCAGUUCAGAUGUCAAUACUUCUUUGCAAGAUAGUUGGCAUGUCUAAUUAAAAACGAAAGCUGGCUUGUGUUAAGCUCAGUGGUUUGUUUUUCUACAAGUUGCAUCGUGGCUGAGUUCAACAGUUUACUCCUAGGCAACUGUGCAUAAGCCAAAUUGCAGUAUGCUAACCACUUCACCACCCUCGACAGGCUCACUUUUCUAUGGCUCUUGCAUUAUAUACUGCUGCUCUUUGGGAUGUGUGUGUGCGUGGAUUAUUAUCUGCAAAUUCCUCUUUUAGUGUGUGCAAAAUGCCAUUUCUCCUUGUGUCUCAACACUGGAGUGAGCUUUAAGUGUGUACAAUGUGGGUCUAGAGAGAGAUUUAGCCUCAGGACAGGUACUUCACUUCCCGAUCCAGAGAUUAUAGAGUGCUGCUGUUAUGAUUGACUGCUUGAAUUGCAUCAUAUCUUCUGAUGUGUUGUGGUGAUUCAGGAGGAGUGGUCCUCAGUGUGGGAAUGGCUAUAUAGUGGGAACAGCCUCCAUGUCAUACAUGUGCCAUGUUCAGGACUGGUAUAAAGUCACACCAUUGACCGGGGCAUGGCUGAGAAUUGUGAACUAGAGGAGAUGUAAUGAUGCACUUUGAAUUUUGUAUUUGAGAUUAUGUUUGUAAGCAGCCUAGAGGUUCCAGUGGAGGCAUUGCACAAAUCCAAUUUGUAGAAAUAAAAAGUAUCCUACAAAAGCACAAGUUACUUGUACCUUUUAAAAGUAAAAGGAUAGAACAGAAUAUGAAGAUUUGAUGCAUGUUUUAAAAAGCAUUCUAUAUGAAUAUAUCAAAAGCGUAAAGCAGGUUGACAAAUACACAAGUUGGCCUUAAUGGUCCUGCUUAUUAAGGUUGCCAACUUACUCGAGUAAUGUUUAGAGGUGCAAAAUGCAUUUUAAUCAUGACACUAUUUCCCUGUUCUCCCCAUGACUCUGCCCCAUUUCAGCCCUUUCAUGGGUAUAUCUGUCAUGGCAGUAGCAUGUCUGAAGUUCUGUUGGCAUGGUGGUGGUGCUCUGCCGAAUCCUGUAGCUCAACCUUUCCCAUCCUGGUGCCCACUAGAUAUUCUGGACUAACCCUCCCAUCAGCCUCAGCCAGCAUGGCCAAUAGCUGGGAUGCUAGAAGCAGCAAAAUUUGGUGUGCACCAGGUUGGAAAAGGCUGUUUGUUACAUUAUAUGGAACUUCAGUACAGGAUUGUGCUCUGAAAGAGUGCAGUCUAACAGGAAAACAGCAACAUUGCAUAACAAGUGUGCUCAUAGGCUGCUCUCAUUCAUUUCAACAUAGCAUGUGAGCAGGAAAGCAUCCUGAGGCAUUGUGACUUUCUAUUUAAAUCUUAUUUUAAACAAAAUGAAAAUGGAGCAGCAAAACAAGAAAAGUUCGUGAUGAUUCGAAAAUAGAAAUAUUUUCCGUUUCAAAGGUUUUGCUAACUUCGCAUAAUAGGUUGCCCCAAACCUUUUAUAUUUUGACCACGUCCUGUUUAUAAAGCCAGUGUUUACAAAGCAAUAUUUCUGCCUUCUUGUGUGAACCAGGCAUGAUUUCAUCUGCUCAGCUGAGCCCAAAGCACAUUUGGUUGCUUCUGGUCACUCGAAGGCUGCCUCCUCUUCCUUGAAAUCCUUUGUUCCUAGGCGUUUUUCAGGUUAUGUCCUCUGAUGUUUGCUUUCCCCGUGUAUGAAAUUUGUUGUUGUUCGGUGCUCAGUUGACUCAUCAGUGUUAGUGAGUCAACAGUUACAAUUCAGCUAGAUUUGUGCAAAGGGAAACAUGCGGAGGCAGAACGGGGAGUUCAGUCCUGCUUUCUGCAGCCACGACUCUGACUGAGAUCACACUGAUGCAUCAGAGUUGCAUCCUUCUUCUUUGCCAAUCACUCAUAGCCGAAUAAGAUUGUUUUCCAUAAACACUGUUUUAACAGUGGGUCUGUGACUGUGGAGGCCAGUUCUGGAUCCCCACAUCCUUCCACAGUGGGGACAUAGGUUUCUGGGCGGGAGCUGAUCACGGCAAGGGUUUGCCAAACAUGCCUUCCUCUUAGCACAUUUCUCUUUUUCUUCCUGAGUUUGAGCGUCUUCAAAGCCCAUUACAUCUUUGGUAAAGCUGUUCUCCAAUUGGGGCGCUUGCAGGCCAGUUUUUCCCAGUUGUCGGUGUUUAUACUACAUUUUUAAAGAUUUACCCUGAGAGAGUCUUUAAACCUCUUUUGUUGACCACCAGCUCCAUGUUGGAGUUGUGUAACAUUUGUAAGCAGCUUAAUGUGUGCUUCAGCCUUACCUUGAGAGCAGUGUGUGCACCAGCCCCAUCAGCUGCCUGGAAUAUGCGGAGCUGGGCUGGAAACCACUGUUCACUUAAGGUGAGAGAUCAACUCCUUUGUAGGUAUACCUUUUGCAACAGUUAAAUUUUGGUGUGUGGUCACAUCCCACAAUGUAAUAGCUUGUCAUCCUUUGUAUAAACAGAUCUCUCUCUGGGAACCUUAAAGGUUAUCAGUGUUUUGUUUUGUUUUUUAAGUGACUCUAGUAUUGGCAAGGUUUGACAUCCCUAGAGAGCUUGGCUUGAAAAGGGGCAUUAUCAGGAACACCUGCAAGAUAGCUUUGCAGAUAAGUUCUUCCUCUGGAUUUUGCUUCACAUAGGAUAUUGGGUGUUGCUAGAAUCUCCCUUCUCUAUAGCAAAUAUUCAGUGGCUGGCCCCUGGUUUUGGAUGAUGUAUUGAUAUACUGCCCAGCCCUGAAGCGAGUGGCGCUGUGGGUUCAACCACAGAGCCUAGGACUUGCCAAUCAGAAGGUCGGUGGUUUGAAUCCCCACGACGGGGUGAGCUCCCGUUGCUCGGUCCCUGCUCCUGCCAACCUAGCAGUUCGAAAGCAUGUCAAAGUGCAAGUAGAUAAAUAGGUACUGCUCAGGCGGGAAGGCAAACGGCAUUUCCGUGUGCUGCUCUGGUUCGCCAGAAGCGGCUUAGUCAUGCUGGCCACAUGACCCGGAAGCUGUACACUGGCUCCCUCGGCCAAUAAAGCGAGAUGAGCGCUGCAACCCUAGAGUUGGUCACAACUGGACCUAAUGGUCAGGGGUCCCUUUACCUUUACUGUGAAUAAGAUAAGAUUGCCCAUGGCUGGCAAACCAUGACGGGUGUCACCUCACUGCCAUCAGGAUAAUGGUCAAGCAGCUCGCCAGGCCAGACUAGAUUCGCAAUGCUGAUUCUUGCAGAGGGCAAUGCCAACACUUAAAACAGCAGAGUCCCUUUUAAGGAAUAGUGAUACCGUGGCGUCCUAAGAGAGACAUCUGUUUAUACAAACAUUAAAGCUGCAUUUGAAAGCAGAAACGGGCACUGUCAAUAAAUCAAACAAUAAAAGCCUUGCACCAGACCAGUCCUGGGUGGGGUCUUGUGAAAAUGAAACCAUACAGCUGACUCAUAUCAGGGUACAAUUUGGUUGCAAAAAUUCUAACCACCCACAAGUUGCAAACAACGAGCACGAAAAACACUCAUGUCUUCAAAUAUUGUUCUUAAAAAAAAAAAAAAGGAUUCCUGUGUCUCCAUCCUCUUCUGGAACAAGAAGCAUCCAGUACAUCAUGGCAAACACAGCCAAAUGAAUGCACACUUUUCAAAAGGAAAGCAGCAGCUGAGUGCAGGAGUAUGUGUGGCAGCAAGAAGCACUCAGACCACAGAGUUUAACCCUUUCACCCCUUGCCACAGUCCUGAUAAAAAUGCCGCUCCCCGUGAACUGCUAUUUCAGUCUCCUGGACUCUGCAGCUGGCCACAUAGAUAUUCUGGUGAAAUCUGUGCCUUGGGUUAUCAACAGCAUGGAAAGUGUAGACCAGGAUAUACUAUGGCUGCCUUUGCACGUUACUGUAAACCAUAAGCUGUGGCAUACCAUAAAGGAAUAAAUUUCACUCAACUUCCCUCCUCCCCAUUAAUGUUGGAAUGAAUCAAGCCACAAUCCUUGGCUUAGCAUUAAGUCGAAAAUGGGUCUUGCUGUGUUUCAUUCCCCACAAACCACUGUUGGUAAGCCAAGAGCAAACCUGGGCCUCAGAUCAUUGUUAACCACAGUUCUUAGUUCCAGUAUAAUGCUAAGCCAGGGAUCAGGGGUUGUUUCCUCGCAAUGCUAGUGGCAAGGAAUAAAUUGGAUACAUUGCAUGCACAGUAAGUCAUGGUUUGUGGCUUAUUAUGAUGUGCAAACAUGACUGAUAUCUUACUGAACAGACAGUUGCUUAGAUGUUCACUUUAAACUGCCUAACCUACUGAACGUACUCUUUGAUGAAGCAUCUUCCACCCCUCCCUGCUUCCUCCAUCUCAUGAAAGAGUUAGACCCUAAAAAGGCCAGGGGGAGGGGGAAAGGGCUCUUUCAAUGAAAGUUAUGCUUAAGAAUUCCAUGGCACUUUGCAUCUUCAUACUAUAAUGCAGUUACUGAUUAACUGAUGCAAAUGACUGUUUAACUUCUUGGAAACUUGAACAUGGUUUGCAGAUAACAGUUCGGGAAAUGUAGCAUCCAGUCACAUGAAAUUUCAGUUUCUACUUCAUAGCCGCUUCCCUGAAGUUUGGAGAUUUGGUGGUAAAAAAUACACUUCUCACUCCUUGUUACAAAUGACCAGGUUUCCUUUUGUGGUAGCAUGUACACCAUUGUAAAGUUUCCAAGAGGUAAAUAUAAUCAUUUGCAGCUUGUUGUGGUCAUGUUUUAAGUUGUGCCGGGGAAAGAUUUGAUAACACUGCAUACAGCAAGGAGUUAACUUUUCACCUGAUUUGCAGCCUAAUAUAAGCUUCCACUUGGCCACAUGCUGGAGCCAACAGCGCCAAAGUGUUCAGCAAUGUGUGCAAGAUUUCAGGAGCACUGUAUAGUUUUACCUCCAUUUAAUAGAUGGCAAAUUUAGAAGGGCAAUAUGUGCAGGAAACUUGAUUCUGGACCCAAAUGGCUCUUGCCCCAUCAGAGGGUCAUGAGAGGAAGGCAAAGGAAGGCACAGCUCUUCUGUAUUAAAAAGUCUUUUAGCAAGAUCCGAUGCAUGCUUACUAGGAAGUACCGUAUUUUUCGCCCUAUAGGACGCAUUUUUCCCCUCCAAAAAUGAAGGGGAAAUGUGUGUGCGUCCUAUGGGGUGAAUGCAGGCUUUCGCUGAAGCCUGGAGCGCGCGCGGGGUCGGUGCGCACCGACCCCUCUCGCUCUCCAGACUUCAGGAAGCUAUCCGCAAGCAGUGGGAGAGCUGCGUUAAGUGGGAGAGCUUGCGGAGAGCUGCCUGUUCUGGGGGCUGGGGUCGGGGGAAGCUCGGGCUUCCCCGCCCCAGCCCCGCGCCUGGGGGGGGAAAAUAAUUUUCCCCCCUUUAUUUCCCCACAAAAAAACUAGGUGCGCCCUAUGGGCCGGUGCACCCUAUGGGCCGAAAAAUACGGUAAGUCCCAUAUUCACCAAAGCUUACUCCCAAAGGAAACAUGCCUAGGAUUGCUGCCUUUGAUGUGCAUGGGCUAAGUGGCCUAUGAGGUUCACACACUUCAGUAAGGAUACUACAUUUUUAUGGUGCCCUUCCUGUGAUGUCCUCAAGACGGAGCCCAUGGAUCCCUCUCCCCACAUCCUCACAAUAACCUUGUGAGGUAGUUAAGGCUGAGAGUGGCUGGCAUAAGGUCAUCUAGUGAACUUCAUGGCUGAGCUGAGAUUUCAACUGGGGUUUCCUCAGGUCAGUGCUAUAUCUACUGUGCUGGGCAUGUCCAACUCCCAAGAGACUGCGAUCUACUCCCACUAUAAAAAAAAUCUGGCAGUGAUCUAUCCAUUGGAUUGACCGAAGUUGUUGAUAUUUUGGGGGGGGGGAGGCUUCACCUAAGUCAGGGGUCAGCAAGGUUUACCUCACCUGGGCCAGUUCACGCCUGGGCUGCAAUUUUCUGUGUCUGCGCAGACACGAUUUCCGGCAUCUGAGCAUGCACAGACGCGAUUUCUGGCAACGCGGAAGUGAGUCCCUGCGCUGCACCAGUUUAGCGCAGUGCAUGGGGACUCCCCGAGUGGGUGGUUCGUGGGGCGGUUUGUGGGCCGGUUAAAUGACCCCCAAGGGCGUUAGGUUGCCUAGCCCGACCUAAGUUGUUGAGCUUUUUAAAUAUUUUUUUAAAAAUUGUGAGAUGAAUAAGUAUCACGCAAUCGACCAGGAUUGUGAUUGACCAGUUGGACGUGCCUGUACUAUGCUACAUGCUGGUUCUAACUUAAUGGUGUGAUACCUAUCCUACUGCUGGAACUGAUAAUCUUUAAAAAUGUGUUCACAAAGUACAAAAAAAGUGGUUUGUUGUUGCUUAUUUACAUUUUGCUUUGGGACCCAAAGAUCCCUGCAUAUUAAUACUACCUAGUACAGAAUAUACUAGAAGGCAGCCCUGUUUAGGGAAGUUUUUAAUAUUUAAUGCUGUAUUGUUUUUAGCACUCGAUUGGGAGCCACCCAGAGUGGCUGGGAAAAUUCAGCCGGAUGGGCGGGGUAUAAAUAAUAAAUUAUUGUUUAUUAUUAUUAUUAUUAUUGUUAUUAUUAUUAUUGGUUCAAUAAAUCAAUCAUCAACACUACAGAAGGGAGCAAAGUCGCUAAAUGUAGAAUAUUUGGUGGUUGACUGGCCUAAGACCAUCUCAUUCAACCCAGUCACCGUCUUUAACUUUAGCUUUCAGCCCUGUAUUCCCUAUUCCUCUCUCAGGACAUCAAGCAAGCAAACAGGGCCAAGGGUGUCCCCUCCCCCGUUCACCACAACCCAGGCACAAAGAGGGUAGCUCCCUGCCCUUGCCCCAGUGUAAAAGGAAAUGCUUGCUCUUGCUGAAAGAUGGGAUGGAACCUUUUUCUUUUCUGAACUUCCUAGUUAAAGCUGAGAAUUCUAAUGUGACUAGUCCAAAAGCUGUCCAUUUGACUAAAUGACCAGAGGUGUGCACACUCGUGUUUCCCGAUACGGAAAGUCAAACUGAGUGGAGAUGGUAAAAUCCUUGCUGAGCAGACUCUGCACUUGACUGUGCUUGUCCAAAAUCCAUGGAAUGUGCCUUGUCUAAUCUCGCUGGUUGUGUCUGCAGUCUGGGUGCAUAGCCUAACCUAAUCAUUUGGCAGUAGACCCAGAUCUCCAUUGAACAUCUGGGGAAAAAAAUAGCUGGCAGAAGACAGAAUUUCCAGCAGUGGGGAAGGGUUAAGCAUCUCUCUCCCUGCCUUCCCACUUCGCUUCACUCCCCUGCCAGCUGUUUGUGCCCCACAAGCUGGGAUUCCAAGGCUCCUGCUUGCCUGCUACUAGGAGCUGGAGGGUGAGGGUGAGCGCAGGGGAAAGAAUUGACUCCUUCCUCCCACCCCCACAUUCUCUCUGUCAAAUUGUGGUUUUCCUUUCCCUUCUACUUUGAGGCAUCAGAGGCCUGCAUUAAACCCUGAUUUCCGGUAAGACAUGUCCCUAGGGCCUUUCACAGGAUUUUUGCAGCUUUAAAGAAAGCCCAAUGCUGAGAUGAGAAUUGAGUAAAGACAGAGCUUUCCAGACUCGCCUCUCUGCUGAAUGUCUAGCUUGGGCUCUGAUGCACAGCAAAGAGGGAGCUGUCUCAGGGAUCUUCCUAUAAAUGUUGAUGGACUCACAACUCACAUCAAACUCAGCCAGCAUGGCCAAUGGGCAGGGUUGAUGGGAGUUGUAGUUCACCAACAUCUGAAGAGCUACAGGUUCCUCAUUCCUUAUAGAGCUUCAUGGAUGCGCCAUCAGUAAAUUGGCGUUCUCCGUAUUUCUAUUACAGUGGUACCUCUGGUUACGAACUUAAUUCGUUCCAGAGGUCCGUUCUUAACCUGAAACUAUUCUUAACCUAAAGCACCACUUUAGCUAAUGGGACCUGCCGCGCCACCGCCGCCACGCGAUUUCUGUUCCUGAAGCAAAGUUCUUAACCCGAGGUAAUAUUUCUGGGUUAGCGGAGUCUGUAACCUGAAGCGUAUGUAACCCAAGGUACCACUGUACUUAGUUGUUGAGUCCUCAGCCACUGCGUUUUCAGCUUUGACCCUCUUCACAACUGUGACAAUUCAAGCAGUAGACCUUAGAAAGGUUGGAUUUUUCCAAGUCUGUACAGCCACACCUAGCUUUGAGAUGGAGUGUCAGAGAACAGUUAGUCUUCCUUAUUUUUUUCUUUAAAAAACCACAACAGUAUCUUCCCCGCCUCCUUGCUCCAUUUGUAUCUGUAGACAGAAUUCCAGAAUGCCACACCUUGUCGGUUUCCCGUCUUUCCUUGUUACCUGUAACAAAAACAGAAGUGAAUCUCUGCCAGGGGUGAAUCUACAUUGAGUCAGGCGGUGCUUCGCUGGAAACAGCCCAGUUCCAUGAAACCGAAAGAGAUUAGAGUAAUGAAAUCCAAGUGCAAAUUUGCUAAACUGAUUCAAGUCUGAGAUUCGGGAUUCCUCAAAACGGAUGUGAGUCAACCGCUGCCAUUGUUCUCCAGUGAAAUUUUGCUUUGGUAUAUGUGCAACAGUUAAGGGUGUCCCUGUGCCAGAAGACAAGACUCCUGCACCUUUAAGUAGUUAUGCACAGGAAGAAAAUUCAGCAGGUGCAGCUGAUCAGGAAUCUGAUGCCUCAAAGUAGUUCACCCUGGGGCCAACUAGAUGCAACUUAGUGUGCAAGUUUUUUGUUAUAUAAAUAAGCAGCCACAAGGAAGCCUGAGCACCUUGGACCCUUGGGGUUAAACAGUGUUGCUGUUGUUCUAAACCUAUUUCUCUUCCUACCAGCGCUGCAAAAAUCACUUCUCCAAACCUGCUAUUUGCAUUCCAAGGGAAAUUCCCAUUGGGGCAAUUGAAUGGCAUGUCUAGUUCAGUCCUUCACAGAAUGGACAAACAUGAAGACUAGGAUAUUACAACCCAUAUGAAGCAAUUAUUAAAUUGCAGAAAUAUUUUUUUAUAAAGGACCUCAAAUACUGUUUAUUAAAGUCAUUAAAAGCACAAGAGAACAGGAUGGGCUUGGUCUGGUACCUAAAAGAUAGAAAAUGAAGUGCUGAUGAAUUUUAGGGAAGGAGCUUGGGUGGAUGCCACCACAGAAAAGGCCGUGUCUCCCACUGCUACUUGCUUAGCCUUCAAAGGGGGAAACCCAGGGAAGGGUCUCUAAAGCAGAUCUGUUGGUGGCAGGUUCAUGUGGGAGAAGGCAGUUGAGUUCAGCUCCCAUAUAUAGCAAGGAUGGGGACUCCGUGACCCUCCAGACAUUGUUGGACUCCAUCUUCCAUCAGCCCCAGCCAGUGUGGCCAGUGGUCAGGUAGGAGGGCAACAGGUUCUCUAACUUUGCCCUAAUAAAUGCAACCCGAUCAGAUUAAAUAUGGAGAAGACCAGGCUGCAUUUCCUGGGAGCUGGAGCUUCUGGAAGCCCACAUGUUCUGCUCUAGAUGGAGGUGCCUGUUUCCUUUUUUUUGGAAUUUGCAUAUCAUUUAUUUGUUAACAUUCUUAUAUUACAUCGGUAAACGUUGUCACAUUACAGGACUUACUAUAAUUUUCAACAUGUUUACAAAAAUUAUAUACAAAUUUUAUAUACCUAGAAAGAAAAUGAAACAAAAAAAGAAAGAACAAAAAGAAAAAACAAAUCCCCCCCAAAAAACCAUAUACAUACCAACACACUAGACUUCCUGUCUAUCCCAUUGUAUAUUCCUUUUUUACAAAUGAAUGUACUCUUAUUAUUGUAUAUUUCUUUACAUUGGAGGUGCCUGUUUUCUUAUCCACCUUGUUGCCCUUUUGCAGAAGACCAGGUGGCACAGCAGACAGAAGAGGUCUUCCAGAGCUAUGUUUUCUAUCGAUACCAACAGGAGCAGGAGCAGGAGCAGACUGGGCAGGAAGUGCCAAUAGAUCCAGAAAUAGCUGUGAUGCAGCCAGAGCGUGACAGGUAAGAGCACAUAUUUGAAACCUAUACCCAAAAUUCAAGCCGCAUGCCAGUCUGCCUCCACAGGCAUGUCUAACACGGUCAUUCGUCUCUUGGGCAGCAUCACCACCCAAGUGGGCAGGCGCCUGGCCACCAUAGGGGAUGACAUCAAAGAACGGUAUGAAAACGAGUUCUCUGCGAUGCUGAAGUCACUGAAGCCCUCCAGGGACAAUGCCUAUGCGUACUUCGUCAAAAUAGCCUCCAGGUAGGUCACCAAGACUCUGCUUUUCCCUCCCCAAAAAGUGAGAGGCUGGCUCAGUUUUCUGAUAUGAAGAGUUCUCAGAUGUUGCUCUGUUAGGUUCCCUCAUAAGAAGAGGGAGAAGAUUGAGACAAAUUUUGGGCUUGUUGCUUUAAUGUAGUUUGCUUUGAUUUUAUUGAUGUUGUUUUGGUUUUAAUUGAGAUUGUUUUUUUAAAAAAAUCUAUUUAGUUAAAUAAAAACAUAUACGUCAAUAACCUACAACAAUAAAGAAAUAAAGGACAACAGUAUAACUGAACAAAAAUUAAACAUACACAAGACGUAUAGAGAGAGAUUUGGGUCAUUGCAUUCACAUUUUCUGGAAAAAGAAUAAUGAUAAUGAUGACAACAAUUGGUGUUGGAGGACAGCAACUUUAAAAACGUACUUGUUUCAUUUAUAAAUAUCAAGCUAUUGUCCUCCGAGUCUUACGAUGUUCUUGCAGCUGAAAAGUUACUAAGAAUUGCAAAUAGUAGCAUAUUUCACAAAAGUCAUUACAGAAAAGUGGGUGAUUAAAACAGGGGAGUAAGUGUGGACUCGAUAUGUAACUGCAGUUUUUAGGAAGGGACUUUGUACCCAUUUUUGGUCCUUAUUAAGGAAAAAAUGCUGCCACUACAAGGAUUCCAUCUUGACUGUCAUUUUCUGACCCACACAGCUUUAAUUGCAUGUUCACACCACUUGUGUGAUCAAGGUAGGAGGUUUUGCAGAAACUCUGCUCAAAGUAGUGAGCCAAACACCUGGACCCUCCCCAUGCCAUGUUGCAAAGUGAAGGGAUCAACGCAUUCCCUCUUGCCAAGUUCUUUCUAAACCAGCAGGCAGGUAGGGAAAUUACCACAGGUGAUCUGGCGACAAGCAGCUUUGUUGCAGCCCAGAGCUUGUCCAUGGUGGUCAGCUGCCAAAAGAAGGAUUUGGGUCAGAGGUCUCCCUCAUAAUUCUCUUUCUGCUCCCUGACCCACAGCGCAUACAUGCCUAUAGACGGGUGCACCCAUACUCGUUCCCUGUGAAUGUUGUUUAACUGUCUCUUGUGUCCUCUCUUCCUGCUCUCCCCUCCUUGGGAAGCCAAGCAGCGUUGCUCUCACCCCUUUGCCACCUUGAGGUGGUCAGUGUACUGCAACCAGGUAAAUUAACCUACAGUGCUUUCUCUUCCCUCUCUUUCAGUGAUCAUGUGUGUGUGUGAACUUUCUCCAUUCCAUACUAUGCCUGCUGAACUUUUUACAAUGGCACACAAAUCUUCAAGGUUAUGCAACCUAAUGAGACAUGCUUCCACGUUUAAGUCUCAUUUUGUCUUAUAAUUUUGUUUUUUUAAAAAAACACAACAACAACCAUCACAAAAAUAAUGAUAAUCUUGUUGUGAUUUUUUUUAUUAUUCUGCCAGUCAGCCAAAGGGGUUCUCUGAGCAGCUAACAAUCAAGUUGAAAUGCAUGUAAAAUUCAGUUAAAUAUUAGCCAAGUUGACUGGCAAACGUCUCUGAGCAUUCUGCAAAAAGAGGUGGCAUAGUUAUGUAGAUGGUGCCACCUCAGAAAAGGCCCUACUCCUUCCCCCUAGACUGUGGUACCCAGAGCAGAGCUAUCCUGAAGAUUUAAGUGCCAGAGCAGGCAUCAUAUGGGAUGUGUCUUGCUGUUUAUGUGGAUAGCAAUUCUCAGCUUUCACAAGUCUUAUUUCCCCCCCUUUUCUUCUUGGGUGCCAAAGGCAUCCAAGUAUGUGCUGUUUUGCUUCUAGAGUGAACACUUUUCCUUCAACCAUGUUGCUGGCACUUAAAGACAGGGUCAGAUUUAUUUGCUGGGUUAUUCAACUGUAGAUUAUGGGCACCUCCAGUGUAAAUGGCGCCAACUGAGGAUAGGAUUUGCCACAGCCCAUCACUUUUUGUGCUUUUCAUUGCUACAGACCAGUGCUUGUACUUCGCAGUAUGAACAUAAUGUGGUGUUGCAGCUGUACAAACAGAAGAAAAAUUGUUUUCUGUUUAGAUGAAAUUACGUGACUGAGCCUUAACCCUGUUACAAUAUGACUUUUGGAAGCAGAUCUCAUUAUAUUCUUAUUGUUAUAAUAUUUAUUACUUACCCUUUGCCAGCAGGUCCCAAGGCAGGUUACAACAAUCUAAAAUUCAGAAUUAAAACAGCUAAGGCAGUACAGGCUUGGCCUGUGCAUUCAAGCAGAAUUUAGGGGAGAGAGGUACCAUUUGGAGCCACAGGUGGGGAGUAGUAUAUUUGUGCGUGUGCUUUUAAGUGUAAAUUUAUUACAAAGUUGUUUCUUCAUUUUUAUUUGUAUGACUAUUAGUAUAUUUGUAUGAAUAUUAUAUAUAUUUAAAAAGUCAUCACCACCUGCAGUCUGAAAUGGCAGUCCAUUCUGCUGUCUUGGGAUGCUUCUACCUCUUUUUAUUGCAUGUUAUAGAAGGAGCACCUCUCCCAAUAUCUCCCACCUCAAGUCUUACAAUCUGUGGAGGAGGCCCUACUCCUGGUCCCACCUAACAUGGUGACUUGGGGUAGGGCCUUCUCUACUGUGGCCUCCCAGCUGUGGAUUGGCCACACAUUUUCAUAGUCAAGUAAAGACCUUUUCGUUCUGUUAGGCGUUUGGGGAGGAGUGAGCUGAGAAUUGUUCUUCAUCGUGAUUCUUAACUGUAAAAUAGAUGUUUUCAUGGCCUCUGGUCCCCCCCCCCCAUAUAUUUGCUGUGUUGUUGUAUUUAUCAUUUGCUGUACACAGCCCGGGGAUCCCUUUAUGAUGAAGGGUAGAUUAGAAACAGAAUGAAUGAAUGAAGCCUCACUUCCAGAGGAGUUGCAGCCUUCCGGAACGCACACUUCUCAGCUGUAGAAAAGUACCUGAAUAGAAAGUAUCUACAUUUUAGUAAUCUGUGUACAUUUGGAUUCUUGGGAGGAACAGUUUGAACAAGAUCCGAGUGACUGAAGGCAUAUACACAGCCUUUCCCCCCCUCGGCAGUAUAAAAGUCUUGUUAAAUAUGCCUUGUGCCUUAGCACUGCUCAGGGGAAGACGCUAGCACGCUGUUGAAUGGUGAGGGGGCAGGUCAGAAAGUUGCUUUUAAUGCUACAGCAGCAGACUGCGAAAAAGCUGUGCCUCAGUAGAGGGUAGCAAAGGGCUGGCCAUAAAACGUAGCCUGAAUUUUCUAAGAAUAAUAAUAUGGUCUCUUCCGCAGUUUGUUUGAGAGCGGCAUCAACUGGGGUCGUGUGAUAGCACUGCUGGGCUUCGGCUACAGGAUGGCAAUCCAUGUGUACCAGCAGGGGUUGACCGGCUUCCUAAGCAGGAUCGCCCGCUACAUGGCUGACUUUGUGCUUAGAAACCACAUUGCCCAGUGGAUUGCCCAGCAGGGAGGAUGGGUAAGUGAACCAGGGAGCUGUCAAAGAUGAGUGGGUUGGUUUUUUAAAAAGACACACACACAUUUCUUUGACUAUGAAAGUAUGCUGGUGCCGAUCUGGGGUGGGCAGGAGUGGGCAUAGUAGGGCAAUGCCAGGCUGCUGCCCUCCCAACAGUGGAGUCAUUGCUGUCUACUGAGAAGGUGUUGGGGGAGAGAUCGGGGGUGUGCAGGGCCUUGGGGGUAGGUGCCAGAUCGACACUGUUGGUGCACCUGUGCAACCUCAGGCUGUUGGUGCACCUUCCUGGCAUCUAACUUUUCUUUCAGGGAAGGGGGAAAUACAUGCCAAGAAACUGCUGUGGUUGCCCUGGAAUGAGUCCUCCCAACAUUUCUGCAGGUAACAGUAUUUUUCCCCCUCCUCCUCUAGGCGGCAGCACUGGACUUAAGCAACGUUUACUGGAAGUACGUGGUGGCAGUGGCCGUCGUGAUUUUGCUGGGCCACUUUGUGAUGCGGCGCUUCUUCAACAACCAGUGACCGGGAAGGAGAGUGUCACUGGCCAUUUGCAUCCCAGCCACUGACUCACUCCUGGGAGGUGACACUUGUCAAGGAGGAUUCAGGAAACAACCAAAGGAAGCCAGAUGGUUCUUUAUCACCUUCCAAUAUGACACCAGCUUAUUAACCAUCCACAUGGAGAUUUCAAACACAAGAAAUCCGCAGCAUAGUAUUUAAAAAGGUGGAACUGAGUAUGGGAGAGGAUUUAUUACUUCAAGAGACCACUGGGGGGGUUGAGAAAACAACAGGUUGGUUACAUUCACAGUGUUGCCAGAGGAAAAGCCUCCCUGAAAUCUCUUAAGGAGGACAAGUCCUUUUCCAGAACGUUCUCAGGGCCAGCAUAAUCUCAGCUUUUGCAAUUCCAUUCCUAAAGAAAGCAGAAGAUCAAGCAGCAUGCACAGCACUGUUGUUUGCUCAGUACAGCUGUCAAUUCUUCCACUACCUUAUGCUUUUCUAGUGCUGAAAGAAUCAUGUCGCCGAUUGGGAGAUCAUGUAGAUCCACUUCUGGGUUAUCAGCAUGAGUAGCACCUUUUAAGAUCUGUAGAUGUACACCUAGACAAAGCCUGUACCAGAAGGGCAGCCGGGUGAGACAAUGUCUAAAAUAUUUCAUUACAGUGGAACCUCGGUUUUCGAACAUAAUCCAUUCCAGAAGACUGUUCGACUUCUGAAACGUUCAAAAACUGAGGAGCAAUGGGCAGUCAGCAAAAUCUAUUGAGAAAAUUGAAAAACACACAACGGAAGCUGUUUGACUUCCAAGGCGCAUUCGAAAAUUACUUCCAGGUUUUCGGCGUUCGAAAACCAAAACAUUCAGCUUCCGAGAUGAUCGAAAACCGAGGUUCCACUGUAUAUGCAGACCUAUUUGUCAUCCACCAGAUUAUUUCCUUGAUCAGGCAUAGAGCUCAGUACUCAAUUAGUUGGCCACUCUCAUGUCCUCACUUACUUUUAACUUAGUUGCAGUGAUUCUUCUCUGUCAGUGGAGAGCGCCAGCCAUUGCAGAAGUUAUGAAUACGCUUCUUUUCAUGCAGCAGAGAUCUCUUGGUUCCUUGCGUGCCAGCAUUAUUGCUGUCCAGCUUGACCAGGUAGUCUGUGUAUGCAGUUUGGGAGGGGGGCAAAAAGUUGUUGAAGGAAUUGGGGAAGGCAUUUUUUGUUUGUUUGAUUCCAUUAUAAUUAUUUACCCCUUUGACAAUCACUAGCCCAAAGCUUCAAUUCCCUUUGACGCAAAUGGCAUACAAAUGAAUUGGUAUCCCUAACGUAAGAUAGGGAUGGGGGACCUGUAGACCUCCAGAUGUUAUUGGACACAAACUCCCAUCAGCCCCAUACAGCAUGGGCAGUAGUCAGGGAUGAUGGGAGCUGUAAGGAGGGCCACAGGUUCUCUAACUUUGCCCUAAUAAAUGCAAUCCGAUCAGAGUAAAUAUGCAGAUCAGGCUGCAUUUCCUACAGGUUUUAGUGUGAAAGUUGAGCAUGUGCUUAUGUCUCCCACUGAAAUUGAUGGGAUUUGGAAGUGCACGAUUGGAGCUGUCCUUGACUCCAAGCAAAUGUGCAGAGCUGGAACUUGCCAUUUGAAGGAGUUCUGGUUUUCAAAGUCCUUAGCUGCAGAGUCCUGCUUAGCUACAAAAAAAUUACAACACUCCACCAACCUGUCCACAUUGCUUACUUAACUCUUGUUUUAUAGCUUUUAAACUAGGAUAAAACUGCAUUGACUGCAGUGAAGCCAAGAUUUUGAGCACAAAGGGUUCCUUUUCCUUGCUUUGCAGUUCCUCCCUUUACAAAGCUUAUAAGGCAAAAGCUUACUUUGUAGCUUCUUUCAUCUCUUUCUUGGUUUCCAAGAGCUCUUAAGACAAAUACUUAGAAGCAAUGUAUGCAUUUUCUGUACAUUGUUUGUUUGCUUUUUUAAAAGUCACACCGCCUAGAUUUCUUCUGAAUGUGCAUGCCAGCAAUAUUUGUUUUGUUUAAAAUGUUUGAUUUGGCUAACAAUAAUUUAACUUUGCCAUGGCCUUAAGGUUUGUAAUGGUUAUGUCUUGAUGCAUGCUGAACUUCAUCCCUGCCCAAUGCAAUCUUGCUUUUCUGAAGUCCCAUUUUGUUUCCAGUGAACCUAUAGUCUGACGACAAGCUGCACAUCUCAUCAUUCCUUACCGCUGGCUAUGCUAAAACUGGGAUUUGUCUGAGAACAGAUCAGUAGGCUUCUGCUGUGUGUGUUUGUGUAUCAUACUAAAGUAGGAAAAUAAUCUUUUUCAGAACAGCAGUUGUACAAAAAAAAUCCAUUGUACACUUAUGUGGAUCUAAUCUAUCAAGCCUAUGGUAGCUUACUUCUAAGUAGAUCUACAAAAGAUUGGGAAUCUAAGGUACUACUCAUGGUGAAAAUUGAAACAGGGUGGUUUUUAUUUGUUUAGUUUAUGCCAAACACUUUGAUCUUUGGCACCACCCGCCAUUGGCUCAGACUCUGCCCACUGCCAGUAUAUAGGCCCUGGGAGAUUUCUCCCAAGGAAAUGUGGCCCUUGGCAGGGAAGAAAGAAGAAGGUUGCUCAUCCCUGCUGCAUAGGUACACAUCCUGCCACUCAGCUCAAGGGCUGGGUGGCAAAAAAUUUGAGUAAAAAAGCAAAUCCAGGAGGCAGGGAGGCCCUGGUACUAGCUGGUCCACACAGUGGCUGUCAACCACUGUGGAUUUCACCAGCCAGAGUGUCCAUGGAGAUACAGAGAUGGUAAAAGUUCUAGCAACGAGAACUCGCGUACAGAGAUUUGUGGCAGCAAUGUAUUUUCAACAAAUAGCCAUUUCUGCCAAAGAAGAGCCAAGUAAAAUUGUGGGAGAAAAGGAAUCUGUUGGGAACGGGAAUUGCUCCAAUAAAUCUUUGUAUCGCUUUAGGAAUUUUUGUUUCUACUGAUGGAGAAUUAUGUGUAGAUCAAAAGGUUGCACCAUUCUGAGUUGCUUCAAAUUUAAACAUGUCGUGUCAUAUCUUCUGUCAUUUGGGACCAGGCUAGCAACUGCUGUAUAAGUGACUCAAAUUAUAUAUAUAUAUAUAUAUAUAUAUAUAUAUAUAUAUAUAUAUAUGAAUGAUGAUACAGUGAAUGCAGGUAUGGCAUAUGUAAACGACAAAGCUGCAGAAACACAGGCUAGGGUACUGGAUGCAGAAUUUAAUUUCUUGAGAAUCUCGGCAUUGAUUCUUCUACAAAAUAAGCAAGAAUCUAAGCUCUUUUGACUGUGAAGAUACAUCUGAAAUGAUGGGCAAUGCUGCUGAAACCUCAGAGGUGGCUAACCAAAAUAUCUAAUGACUAGCAGUGGGGCACCAGUGACCUCCAUAGCUUUUUCACCCCAUGAUUAGGAAAACCAGACUAACAAGACAAUCUUAAUCAUGCCUACUUUGAAGUAAAUCCUAUUGAAUUCAGUGGGUCUCACUCCCCAGUAAAUGGAAUUAGGAGUGCGGUCUGAAUUCUGCAAAAUCAGCAUUUGUGCAAGUUUGCCUAAUUUAUGCUGGAUAAAGCAUUUUAAAUUUCAGAGCAUAGAGUUCUGGGUAGAGGCAGAGAUCGGGCUUCACCAGCAUCUUGGUUUGAGACAUGCUGUUUAAACGUUUGAAGAACGCGUGGCUUCAAAAGCGGAUUAGACAAAUUCAUGAAGAUUAAGGCUAUCGAUGGAUAAGUUCUACCUCCAGUUUCGGAGACAGUACACACCCAGGGAACCACAGGAGGGAUGCAUGCUGUUGUAGCUUCCCAUAGGCAUCUGGUUGGACCACUGACUAAAUGGGCCACUGGUCUGAUGCAGCAGGUGCCUCUUAGGUUCCAAAUGAACACCAUUUCUGGGGGCUGGUCAGUAGCAUUUGACUGUCUCCUACCUAGCAAUGAAUUUCCUCCUCCCCCCCCAACAUAUAUUAAAGGCUUUAGCUAAUAUUCUGUCCAUCUCAUUUCUUCAAGGGUUUCCAGCUUAAAGUCUCCAUCUGUGCCAUAGAAUUGGUUGCCCCUCUAGAGCAUAGGAAACACUCCUGGUGACACUUGUGGCAGCUCUGGGUUUAUAGCCAUGAAAUAGGUAGAGGCAAUGCUUCUCCAAGUAGACUGCUCAGCAGUCUAAACUACAUGAGCCACUGAGGAAAUCUUUGGGGAUGACAGCUAAGUUUUUACAUACAUACUUGAAGCCAUAAUGUAGCUAUGAAUCUUCUCCCUUUGUUCUGUAUUCUAUUUAAGAAGCUGCUUAUUAUUUUCCGUGCAUCACACCCAGCUUUAACAGCCCCCUUGCCCUCAGGGAUUCAAAGGGAAUGAAGCUAAUAAUCCAGAGGUACCCAGGAUAUCAGUGCAUCCAGCGGAAUUGCUUUUCCUUAUCUUGCCUCCUUACCUGCAAGGCGAUCGCUCGAAAAGUGAAUCACUGCUGGACGUGUGAAUCGCUGGAGGAAGAAGAAAGAACGUCUUCCGGGGAAAUAAACACAAGUAGGGAAAGGGGCUGUCCUCUUCAAAUCACAUUGCUUAAUGGCAAUGUGGUGUGCAUGGCCAGGAGUUUGGAGAAUUCCAGCUCUAAAUGCAGAUCCUGAAUUGAGUGUUUAUUGGAGGAAAAGAGUCUACAGCUAUAUCUCCUGCUGUAUACACAGACUGCUUUGGGAUUUGGAAAGAUGUCCCUCUGUGGUGUUUAAUACAGACAUCUAGCAGGGAUUGUUGUUCUGGUCUCAAAAGGCCAAGAAAGGGGGCCCCUUCUAUUGGAUCUGGGUUUAUAAGGUUUCUUGCAUGUAUCACAUCAUGCACCAGGCAAAAAACAAAUCUGCCUCUCUACCUCCAUCAAGAUCUGACCCCUCCAUGGGGGCAUGGUGGUGCUACUGCCUUUGGAGAUACAGCGAAGGUGCCUCUUAUCACACUCCCCAAAUGAGCACUCCAGCAUUCGUUGCGUGGGGUAUUCAUGGGGAAUGCACUGGGUUGUUUUCCUGGAAAGCUAUGCCUUCUAUGUACUUCUGAAUUGUGAAGUGCCUGGCACACUACUGGCACUAAGUAAAUGUUAAAUGGUAGUUUCUGUAAUAUAUAUGUCAAAAUAAAAGUUAUAUGCAAAUACAAA